AAUCAGGUUUGGUAAUCUGAUAAGUGAUGAAGGUAAAAAGUAAAGAGAAAAAGUGGUAACAAUGUGAUGAAAAGAGUCUCCUUACGCCUCUCCUCUUAUAUUUUAUAAGCAUUCUUCACUGCGCUUUGCUAAAGCUAAUACACCACAAAAUUACUUAAAAAUAUUUCUUCUAAUUUUCCAAGAAAAUUACUGAAAGAAGCCAUGGUGGGCUCGGGAGCAACAGACAGAACCAAAGAAGCAGUUGGGAUGAUGGCCCUUCACGAUUCCCUCAGAACCGUUUGUUUAAAUUCAGACUGGACUUACUCUGUUUUUUGGACCAUUCGUCCUCGCCCGUAUAUUUUUCCCUAUUUUAGUCAGAUUUAUAGUUUAUGCACUAUGAUUUUCUUGAUUUUUAUGCUAAUUCUUUGUUGGACCUUUUACAUUUCUUGCAGUAGAGUUAGAGGUGGUAAUGGCUGCAAACUUGGAGAUGAGAAUGGUAGCUUGAUGUUGAUGUGGGAAGAUGGGUUUUGCAGAAACAGAGUUACAGAGUGUUUGAAUGAAAUAGAUGGAGAGGAUCCUGUCAGAAAAGCCUUCAGCAAAAUGUCUAUUCAGUUGUAUAAUUAUGGAGAAGGAUUGAUGGGGAAAGUUGCUUCUGAUAAGUGUCAUAAAUGGGUAUUCAAAGAGCCAACUGAAUGUGAACCAAAUGUCUCCAACUACUGGCAGAGUUCAUUUGAUGCACUUCCAACUGAGUGGAUUGAGCAGUUUGAGUCUGGCAUUCAGACUAUAGCUGUUAUUCAAGCUGGACAUGGCCUACUGCAACUUGGUUCCUGCAAGAUUAUACCCGAAGAUCUCCAUUUUGUGCUAAGAAUGAGGCAUACUUUUGAAUCCUUAGGCUAUCAAUCUGGAUUUUACCUAUCCCAGUUAUUUUCUUCUAAGCGUAAUUCCUCGUCUUCAUCCAUGGUUCAUUUAGAGCAACCAGUUAUGCCGAUUCGCCCUUCUCCUCCGGUAUUUAACUUGGGCCAAAGGCCAAUCUCUCCAGCAGUUCCAAUGCUUACAUCUCCAAAUUUUCAAAAGACGGCCAAAGUUGGAAUUCCAUUUUCCGGAGAUGAAGCUCACCUGUUUUUACUCCCUCAUUCAUCUGAUAUGAGGGGUGAUCAUGAAAACGAUAUUAAGUGGCCAAAUGAUUCGACUUUCUUCAAUGCACUUGUUGAACAAACAGAUGAAGAUAAACCUUUGUUCAAUCCCGAUGGCUUUGGAAACAAGCAUGACAAUCAGAAUCCAAACUCGGGUUUGGAUAACAGUGAUAAUUCAAAUCUCAACGAGUUCUUGAGCUUGGAUAAUCAUCCAAAAAUGGAUAACAACUUCGAAGGGAGCUUUACUUUACCUGCAAGAAUAGCUACUUCUUCAACUUCACUUGAUCAUCACGCACAAAAUCCAGAGGAGUAUACGAAUGAAGCAGGAAUGUACUCCGAUGUUAUGGAAACUUUCUUGGAGUGAGUUUAGAAGGCUUGUUUGGAAGGAUGAAGAUUGAUCGUAAAUUGUAAUUAGGAAAAGGCAUUCACUAUGAAGAGAGUUUUUUCUGUCAUGAAUUGGAUAUCGAUAAGGGUGUGUUUAACAACUCGUGUGAGAUGUUUAUUUCUUGUCUUGUUCAGCAGUUUUAAAUUCAGUAUACCGAACAUUUCUUUAAUAUUUGAAAUUUGAUAAAUGCUCUUGAGCAUUGGAUGGUUGAGUGAAUUGCAUCUUUGGCAAUUUUCUCGCGAGAA